AUGGCAGCUGAGUUGAAGACCUGGGAUGGCUCCCUGGAUGAGGAGAAGGGGCGACGUGCCCUUCUUGGAGCUCACUUGCUGCCCAACAGGUACAAUAAGGUUUGCACCAUGGGCCCAGGGCAGGCCCUAAUGUGGGGCAUUUCGGCAAAGCCCAUCAACACCCUGCAGUUUGGUCCCGAUUGUCCGGAAGAUUCCCGGCAUCGCGUCUUGAUCACCAAGACCACGCCACCCGUCCUCUUGCUGGAGCUCAAUGCCGUCGCGACCUUCAAUAUGAUGGAUGCAGACACCUCCCAAGAUAUCUUGUAUGGGAUGGAUGCGGUCCUACAGCUCUUGAAAAGUCCGAAGACGGUGAACAAGCCCUUGGCCUAUGUCAUUCAAGGAUCUGGUCCACACUUCUGUCCAGGUGGAAAUCCCAACCCGAAGCUGUACCCGGGACACAUCGCAUUGACGGUGAACCAGUAUGCUGGCUACUUACCCUUCAUUCGAUGUCGAGAGAUCGCGCUCCCGGGGAUUUGUGCCUUGCACGGCUCUAUGGUGGGAGGCGGAGUCGCCUACUCUCUGAACAACCCCGUUCGAUUCGCGGACAGCAAGGCCUCUGCAUGCUUCGGCAACUUGAGUCGUGGAGCUGUUCCUGGAAUGGUGCUCUCAUCCAACAUCCCACAGGCCUUGGGAUUGCAGGGUGCUUUGGACAUUUACCUCACGGACAGCACCUAUUCGACCUAUGCCUGUGUGAAAGCUGGGUAUCUCCAUGGAGUCCAGUCCAGCAUCUCGGGCGUGAAGCAGGAAGCACUGAAGCAGGCACGGCGCCUGGGACAGUCUCCGCUGGGCAUGCGAAUUGUAGGCAUCAAGCCUGAGUUGGACGUGGAGCGCUUCGGCCUUGAAGCCUGGGCCAUUGACCUGGGUGCCCGAACGGAAGGCGUCUUCCGGAAUGUUGGUGGCAAAAGCCCCAAGGAGCGUGAGGCUGAAGCGAAGGCCCAGGAAGCUGCCAAGAAGGCGGGAGAAGAUGAUAAGCCAAAGCAAGAGGACUGGAACGAAUGGCGAAGAAGGCAGAUCCAGCCGAAGAAGCGGCCCAAGCGGCGUGCCAAGCGGCCUGCAGGCGAAUUACUCUUCCCCGACGUUGGACGAGCGAGAGACAUCGCCCAGCCGGGGGGGUUCCGCCGUGAACAUCUCCUCCGGCAGGGCGCAGGGUUUGCUGCGGCGCAGCAGUCGCUUCUCAGUUCUUUGCUGGAUCCCCGCAUGCAGAAGUACUUCUCCCUCGAGCAAGAAACAGAUCCGUCACAGCUGGGCACGGCUGUGGCACCGAGUGGCACUGGUGAGCUGGAAGCUGCUUCGCCCGGACACUCGCCCGGGGCCUCCAAUCUUUCCACGGUCUUGGUGAUUUUGAAAUCCACGAUCGGUGGAACGCUGAUCAUCAUCCCUGGUGCCUUUUCAAAGACCGGGCUUUUGGUAGCACCUUUGCUGCUGUUGUUGGUGGGCGGAAUCGAAAUCUAUUGUAUGGUCCUUCUGGUGACAUGUGUGCGCAGAAUCGGAGGUUCUUACGGUGAAAUCGCUCGCAGAUCCAUGGGUUCGUUGGGACUCUGGGCGGUGGACGUGAGCAUCCUCCUCUCUCAAAUCGGCUUUGUUUGUGCUGAGAUGCUUUAUGUGGCAAAGAACUGCAAUAAAGCUUUGACAGCUUUGGGCAUCUAUUCUUCCUGGGCCUCUGAAACUAGCAUUUUGCUGCUGCAGCUACUGGUGGUGAUUCCAAUGAGUUGGAUUCGGAAGCUCCAGUACUUUCAGGUGUCCAACAUCAUCGCAAACGCCACGGUGCUGCUGGCCUUGGCCUUCUUGUUGGGCUACUCCUUCAGCGGGUUGAUGACACAUGGUCCCGGGGUUGGAAUUGAAUCCAGCGGGCCUCACUGGAUGAUCUUUGCCGGGACGGUGGUGUUCUCUUUCGAAUGCAUCAACUUCGUGAUCCCCAUGUACGACGCACAUGAACAGAAAGAGACCUUUGCGCCCAUCCUGGUCUUCACUUUGCUGGGCGUGUGCGCCCUCUUUAUUGUGUUUGGUGGGGUCAACUAUGCCUACUAUGGCAAGGACACAAAUUUGGUGAUUACCUCGAACUUACCGGAAGGUUCGCAGGUUGGCCGAGUGAUACCCUUUGCCUUCGCAUUGGGCUCCUUGUUCAAUGUUCCACUCUGCCUAUUCCCAGCAGCGAUAUAUGUGGAAGCACUCUGUUUCAGCAAUGUGCCCAAGUCUCGCAACAGAACCUGGAAAAUCAAUCGCAUGAGGACGGUGCUGAUUCUUUCAUGUGCAUUUGUGGCCUUUCUGGGGAAGAAUCAGAUUGAUGCUUUCAUUGCCCUCAUCGGAUCGGUUUGUUGCGUUCCACUGGCCUUCAUCUUUCCAGUGAUUUGUCAUGCAAAGAUUUGCCAUCCAAACUGGCAGACAUUGGCAGUCAACGUGGCCGUCCUGUUACUGGGCGUGAUCCUCUUUUUCUACACCUCGGCCUCGGCCCUGCAGCAACUCGCAGCGCUGGACUAA